CGCCGAAGCCGAGGGGUCGGUGAGAUCAUUCAUCAGCAGCAUGUGAGGGAUAAGUGUUACUGUCCACGACAUUUGAUCUUUGAUUUGACUUGAUUUGACUUGACUUGACCGCACCAUCUGUUCAUCAUCCGUCCCACUCCUUUUCCCUGGGCCGCCUCUCGAGUCGGGCCCUACUAAUGGCGCGGCAACCAUCCACUACCGCCAGGAAUAGUAACGCUUCGUCGUCCUUCUCAAUCUCGCCGUUCCACGCCGACCCACCGCUUUGGCCCGGGUCGUCCAGGACUUCGAACCCGAUGACACCCCUUUCCUCCACUCCUCAGAAAGCGCCGUCCGCAUUCCUAAUGCCCCCUAGUCCAACUGGUGGUCGCCGUGGCAGCGCGGAGUACCGCCCGAGCAUCCGUAAGGCUCAAGGCCAUGUGCCCGCCUGCCUUGUCAACGCUUCGGUGACGUAUUGCAAUAAUGACCAGAUUUACGCUUUUGGCGGCUUUGACCAGUAUACCGAUGAAGUCUACAAUCACGUCCUGCGCUUGAACCUCAAUACGCUUCGAUGGGAGCUUGUCGAUAACUAUGGCGAUAUCCCCGGAGUUCGCAUGGGCCACACGGCGACCCUCUAUCAAGGCGAUAAAUUGAUUGUGUUUGGUGGAGAAAAUGAGCACCGCGAGUAUUUAUCUGACAUCGUUAUUUUGGACCUUAGCACCUCUACUUGGACUCAGCCGGAAAUUCAUGGACCGACUCCACGAGGAAGGGCUCGCCAUGCGGCUGUCAUCUAUGAUGAAAAGCUUUUCAUCAUGGGAGGGGUUACCGGAGAGAACAACAUCAUUCUUGAUGACUUGUCGUAUCUCGACCUGAAAACCUGGACCUGGUCUCGGACGUGGAGAUUUACAGCCCGGUUCGACCACAUUGCCUGGGUCUGGGGCGGUCGUCUCUGGAUCUUUGGAGGCCUCGAUCCUGAUAUGGAACGUACAACGGACAUUUGGUGGCUGGAUCUGAAAGGCAUCCCGUCUCUCGGAAUGACAACUUCGCAAGGUACCGUGGAUUCCCCAGCGACCAUCAGCAGGAUGACUUAUAGUCCAGACGCAAUAUUUAGUAGUCCUCCGCAGCAGCUUCCAGGCCGGUCCGGUAGCUAUGCAGCAAAUUCAGGGAGUCUGCAAGUGCGCAGCUCCAACCGCCGGAAGCCGAUCGCCCCCGGCGCCAUUUCUUGCCUUCGGUUCAAAUCUGGCCCUCACGUUCCUGCACUGUUCUCCGGUACUCAUUUCCAGGCUUAUGCAUCCGGGUUACUCCUGGACCUGAUCACGCCAUCCGAGACCGUGCGCACUUAUGAAUGCAACCUGUCGUCAUUGGAUCUGGACUCCUUGCGGUGGCAGCGGCUCGCUGACGGACAGGAAAUCUUCAAACCAGGUUAUCGAUGGCAUUACUGCACCGUGAACGCCAGCGGGACCAAAGCAUGGUUGCUUGGCUGCAGCCUCGACACUGGGACCACUCCCGGAGCCAGUGAUGAGAACCACAUGAGUGAAGUGCUGUGCAUUGACCUUGAACGAUACGGCCUGCUGGGCAAUGAAAUGGCUGCCUUCUCGCCCAGUCAAAGCAGGACGUCGCUUUCCGAACAAGCAGGGAUGCCGCCUCUCUCCGGUUUAGGAGCUGACCUCUCCGCUGCGUUCGACCAGCCGCCUGAAUCCGGUAGCGGCGCUGACUUUGUCAUUACUGCUAAUCCAGAUGACCAGAUUGACACAGAUGAUGAGGAGGACGUGCCAGCUCCACAGUCAGAGCCAGCUUUUCUACCUCCCAAUGCAGCUACUUCCCCUCCCAUCUACGUGCAUCGAAUCAUCCUACAACUGCGGUGGCCCCAUUUCAAGAGGCUCUAUUCCGCGCAGAUGGCCGAGUAUCAUUCUAAGAGGAUGCAUAUCCCGGAGCCGUACUCGGUUGUUCGGGCAUUCAUCUACUAUCUGUAUACGGACAGCAUUGCGGGUCACCCGGAAUACUGCUCCGACAUUAUUGACGUUGCCGGGAUGCUUGUCAUGGCAAACCUGUAUGACAUGCCCAAGCUGCGUUUGCUGUGUGUCAACCGCCUGAGCCGUGAACUGGACGUGGAGAAUGCGGCGAUCAUAUGGGAACGCGCAGGACGGACGAACGAAGAAUGGUUGAUGCGUCGUGCAGCCCAGUUCUGUCUUAGCAACUGGGGGCGUGUUGUCCGAACCGAUGGCUUCAAGUCUCUCAGCCGGCAGAGUUUGAUCGAACUCUGCGAGGUGGUCGACACCGAGGGUCGCAUCAUUGCGGGGCCCGAGUUGGAGAUGGUCGGAGCGCUUGGAGAUGGACUUGGAUCGAGCAAAGACGCUAAGCCUUCUCAGAUGGCAUUGAGUGGCAAUGUGGCUGACAAUAUGGAGGAUGUUGACGGUGAGGAGAUUGACGGCAUGGAGAUUAUCUGACGUGCUUGUCAAAAGUUAUAUCUGAUGACAUUUCUAUACAGCAUUUGUUUUCGGCACGGCGUGAAUUGGGACCGACAUAUGGGUCAGGAUGAGCAUUAUGAGACAGGAGUUAUGAAAGUGUCAUUAUGACCAGGGAUAUUCAGCACAUCGCGCAUGUUUAUAUUUGCAGUUAUUGAGAGUACUACUUCGUAUUAUAUCCAUGUUCCAAAUGCCACGC